UGUGUCUUUGGGCGGAGACCUGCCCACCACCCCGCUGCUUCUCCCCUCUGCUUCUCCCCUCUACUUACUAUAUGAGGAGGCAACUUAGCGAUCCCUCAACAACAAACUACGUCCAACCCUGGUAGUGGUCUUGUCGAUCUCUCUGUCCGACUGGAAUCUGCAGCUGUCUAAAGAAGAGAUCAUUGGAUCUGAGCACACUGCCGUGGGAUUUUUUUGUUUUUUUAAUUAAUCGGUGAAGCCAGACCUCAACAUGCCUCGGUCAUUUCUUGUCAAGAAGUAUUUUUCCAACAAGAAGCCAUACUACAGGGAAAGCCAACUGGAGAGCCAAACUGCUUUUAUCCCAGAAAGCUUUCCACGGGCUGAACUCCCAACGCAGAACAACAGCUCUGCCCUGACAUGCUAUCCCACCAAGCCCUUCUUCAGUAGCAUGGACACCCUGCCUGCUCCUCUCUCCCCCAUCACCACUGUGUCUCCAUCCACUUCACCGCUUGGCCCGCUGGACCUCAGCAGCUCUCCCUCCAGCAGCAGCAGCAGCAGCAACAGCAGCAGCAGCAGCGAGGAGGAGGAGGAUGGCGGGCGUACUUCAGACCCUCCUAGCCCGGAUAUCAUGCAGCACAUCUUCCACUGCCUGCACUGCAGUAAAAGUUACACCACCCUCUCAGCACUGUCCCAUCAUCAGACGUCUCACUGUGCUCCACAGCAGCAGACACCUUCUCUGCCCAGUGAAGUCUCUGCACGCCCAGCCUUCCACUGCAAACACUGCCCCAAGGAGUACACCAGCCUGGGAGCCCUGAAAAUGCACAUUCGCUCACACACACUGCCCUGUGUGUGCCCCACAUGUGGCAAGGCCUUCUCCAGACCGUGGCUGCUCAGAGGACACAUUCGCACACACACAGGUGAGCGCCCCUUUGCUUGUCAACACUGUAACCGGGCCUUUGCUGAUCGCUCCAACCUGCGUGCCCACCUACAGACCCACUCCGAGGUGAAGAAGUACCAGUGUGGCUCCUGCUCAAGGACCUUCAGUCGCAUGUCCUUGCUGCACAAACACACCGCCUCUGGGUGCUGUCCCGCCUCAUAGACUCUGAACUGUUCCCAGUUGAAGCUGGUUCGGUUCCCCCUUGAUUAGCGCUAAUAUGCCUGGAGGACAGCGGACUUCAAAGCCAUGACGGGACAGAAACAUUGAGUUCUGUUGCUUUUAUAAAAUUACUUCUUAAGUGCCUUUUCCAGGACACUAGGUAGAUUUUUUUAUGUCAUGUUGUUAUUCUCAGCACAGCAUUGCUGCGUCCUGUCAACUGUGUGUAUAUGUGUGUGAUUUGAGGGCAGCUGGACAUGCAGUUAAUUCCCAGGAAACUCCGUCGGUGCCGGCCGGUCCGGGACUCUGGCCAUGUUGCAGCUGCUAGGGUGUGUUUGUGUAUGUGGGGAUGUCAUUCCUCACCAUACUAUACAUACAUGGCAUGUGUGUGUGUAUAUGAGCAAGUGUGUGUGUUGAGACAGCUGUCUGUGUAUGGUGUACUGUGGAGGCAGGGUGCUGAGAGAAGUGUUAGCUGUGACCUCGACGACAGGUGACCCUCCGCUUGCCCUCCUCACGCCACAAACACUUUCCAUGUGAAAGGACCACUUAAACUUGACCAAAAAACACCAUAUUGUCAUUUAUUGACAUUUUCUUUUAAUUUUGAUGUUUUUUGGGAAUGUUUUGACCCACAGUUUUUAUUAACUAUUUUGUUGAACAUGCAUUUCAAAUGGAAAAACUGUGCCUUUUUUCUGCCAAAUGUAAAUAAAAGCUUUGUUUAAAAAAAUAAAUAACCCUGCUGUGCACCUA